AUGAAUAUCAUCUGCAAUCGUAAUGAACAACAAGAAAAAAAUGAAUUUGAAAAAUUUCUAAAACUACUACAGCCAUCUAUCGUUGAUGAUUCAAAAGAUGAGAAAAUUAUUAAUGAUAAUUUUGCUAAUGCGGAUGAAAUAUCGAUAAUUUCAAAUAUUCAACCACCAUCAUUAUCAGAUAAUGUAAAUAAUAAUAAUUUUCAAUCAAAAACAAUUGGUUUAUUGAAAAUAAAUUUCGAUGAUUAUGAUGAUCAAUAUAAAGCAAUCGGACAAUUACGUAAACAUAAUGAAACAAUUGAUUUAAUUCUAUCGACAAUAGAUGGCGGUAAUGAAUCGGUUCAUCAAUAUUUUCUUGCAUGGAGAGCGCCAAAAUUUUGGCAACGUUUAAUUGAAAAAUCCGAUAAGAAUCAAUCAAUGAUUAACAUUGAUAAUAAUGAUGAUGAUGGACAUGAAAGGGUUAAAUUAACAGACGACGAUAAUAGAAUUUCAAUGGAAUCUAUUACAAAUCAACCACGUCGUCGUCGUCGAUUAUUCGUACCAAAAGAAUUUAUUGAUGAAUCAAUACUGUUACGAUUAAUGAUUGAUUCAAUGUAUCGUAUGGAAAAUUAUAAUAAUGAUCAUCAAUCAUCAUCAACAAUUAAUUAUCAACAACAAUUUAAUUAUUUUAUAGCAUGGAAAUUAUUGAAAAUUGCUAAUGAAUUUCAAUUAGAAUUUCUUUUACGUGAUUGUAUCAUAUAUUUUCAUAGCCGUAUUGGUUUAUCAAAUUGUAUUGAUUUAUGGAAAGUUGGUCAGAAAUUUUUUCAAUAUAAUUUCGGUGAACAAUUAGCAAAAUGUUCAUAUCGUUUUUUAUUGAUUAAUCUUAUUCGGCUUUUACAUUCAAAUCAAUAUUGUAAUCAAAUACAAACAUUAACAAUUGGACAAUUACGUACAAUAAUCGAUGAUAAUCGUUUAAAUAUACGAAAUGAAAUUGAAAUAUGGUUUUUAAUUAAAAAAUGGAUUGAAUUUGAUCCAUUGAAUCGUUCAAAUGAAUUUCUAUCAUUAUUUAGUCAAAUACGUUUUAAUUUAAUUGAUAUGAAAUCAAUAAAAAUCAAAUUAAUACCUGAUCUUUUACAAUUUGAUUUUGAUAAAUGUCAUGGGAAUCUAUGGAAAAAUUUUCAAAAUCAAAAACCAAAAAUCGAUCUGGAAACAUUUCGUCCACGCAUACCACAUCAAUUAUUAUUACUGUAUGGUGGUUAUGAAGAUGGUUAUCCAUCAACAACAAUUAAAACAUUUGAUAUUCGUUCCAGGCAAUGGUUUCGUUUUUAUUUUAAUAAAAAUGAUCAUUAUCCACGUGUACAUCAUCAGUUGGUGAAUUUAGAAAAUAAAGUUUAUAUCCUGGGUGGAUCAGAUGGGUUAAAUUGUUUGAAUACAGUAAUUUGUUGGAAUUUAACGGAUGGAUCGAGAACAAUAAUGGCACCAAUGCUUGAAUCAAGAUCAUUUCAUUGUGCAUUACGUUAUAGUCAUCGUUUUAUAAUUGUUUGUGGUGGUUAUAAUGGACAAGAUCGUUUACGUUCAGUUGAAUUAUAUGAUAGUCGUUUUAAUUGUUGGCGUUAUUUACCACCAAUGCAAUCAAUUCGUUCGGAUGCAUCGGCAACAAUAUUUAAUGAUUGUAUUUAUAUUGCUGGUGGUAUUGAUAUAUUUCCAUUAAAUUCAAUGGAAUAUUAUUCAUUUGAAACAAAUCAAUGGACAAUAAUUAGUUUUAUGCAUAUACAACGACGUAGUUUUUCAUUAAUACCAUAUAAUGGUUUAUUAUAUGCUAUUGGUGGUUGUACGGAAAUUUAUGAAUAUAAUUGCUUAAAAUCCGUUGAAAGAUAUAAUCCAAUAACAAAUACAUGGUAUUUUGCACCACCAUUAUUACAGCCACGUAUGUCGGCUAGUGUUGCCAUUCUAGAAGAUCGUAUAUUUGUUAUUGGUGGUUAUGAUGGUUUCACUACAUAUCGUACUGUAUUUAUUUAUCAUCAUAGUCAAUCAUAUUGGCAACAAUUACAAUAUGAAUUACCUGUACAUUUAUCCGGUUCAGUUGCAUUAGUUAUAACAAAUAUGAUGAUGUUAAUGAUUAAUACUAUUGAUUAUACUUAUUAUGGUCAAUUUGGUCAUCUGAUUAACGAUAAAAAUCAUUACAAUAAUAAU